AUGGCAUUAAAUCUUGAAGAACUGCUGUUACUGAUUGAUGACGAAGAUGCUGUAUUUGCUGCAAUUCACAACUAUUUAAACAUCGUGGCAGCAAUUCUUGAUGAGCAGUGGAGAGAAUAUGCUCCCUGGGUUAAUAUCGGAGUUAACGUGGCUGAUUGGCAAGGUAUGCAAGGGCUUGCAUUUCAGAGACAUUUUCGAAUGUCCAGAGAGGUGUUUGAUGCUCUUCAAGAGGCAGUUGAAAGUCACUUGAGAGAAACAGGAAAAAUGAGGAGAGAACAAACAGACUUUGAUUUAUGUUUAAUGAUGAGUCUAUGGGUGGUCAUGAACAUGGACACUUUCAAAAACACUGCUCUGUUGUUCGGUACAUCACCUGGAGUAGUCCUGUACCAUUACAAGUACAUCAUUGAGGCACUUCGGGUGAUGGCUCCACAGUUCAUCACGUGGCCUUCGCCAGAAGAAAGAGUUCAAAUUAAGCAGAAGUUUUAUGAUAUUGGAGGCUACCCUGGAGUGGUAGGGUGUAUUGAUGGGAUGCACACAUACAUAACUGCUCCACUUGAUGAGGCUCCAGCCUACGUAAACAGGCACCAUUCCCAUUCAGUCCUCACCCAAGCUGUUGUUGAUGACCAGCUAUUAAUUAGGGACUUGUAUGUGGGAGAACCUGGGUCCCUGUGUAGCGUCGGGUAG